GGGGGAAUCAUGUUUAUAACAACGAACUUAGUUUGUACCCCUUUAGCGGGAUUCAGUCUGUAAGUUACAAAAGUUAAUGCGUUUGGAUAUAGGUUGGAGUGGAAUUUUUCGACGGUUGUCCUUUUUGAAGUUUGGGCCUAGUGUGGCCCGUACAAAGUGUGGCAGUGUCUUUAUGUAGUGGUACAUAAAAAUGCAUAAUUGGCCAUUUGUUAUGUAGGAAAAGUAAACGUGAAUAGCAGCAGGACGACCAGGAAACCGCAGUUUAGUCUGGAUUCAACUUUUCUCCAUAAUGAGUCCCAAAAAGAAGAUGUCCAAAAAGGAACGAGCUCGCCUCGAGGCCGAACAGGCCGAGCAUCAGCGGAUGGAGCUGGAACGGGAACGGCAGCGAAAGAUCGAGGAAGAAAAAAUGCGCAAAGUUCGCGAGAAGGAGGAAGCCGAACGGAAACAGGUCCAGGAGAUAGUGGCCAACAAGUUGCGGAAAGUGCAAUUGGAGGAUAGCUACAAGUAUUUCGCCUUGAUUAAAGAGGAGGUCAAACAUUUGCACGGCCAGCAGAAGAAGGAUCGUGAGUGGGAGCAGUACAUGCGGUGCAAUGGCUUACCGAAUGCGUUUGAUCCUGCGGAUUUGCGAAAGUAUUUGCACAUCUGGUGUGAGGGCAUUAGACUGUACAACGAACGUGAGCAGAACUGGCUCCUGUGCGCCAACGAGCAGAGCAUAUUGACACAAGACGUUAACGUUGCCAACAUGUCGCGCGAGAGCCUGAAGCAACAGCAGCCGGAAAUCGGAAACGUGUAUGCGGCCAAAACGAGGGAAGUCCUCGGGAUAUUGGAAGAGAUAGACGACGCUCUGCACGAUACGGACAUGACACAGUCGAUGAUUGAUGACUUACAUGAGAUGAAAUCCGAAUUUCGUCGUGUGCUGGCCAACUACAUCGAUGAGUUUGCUUACAAAAUCCUGAGCAACAUCAACCGGGAUAUGGAACUGACAGGAUUGCUCGAGGUGACGCACAAAUACGAGUCGGAUGUGUUCAAAAUGCAGCUCUACGGGCUCCGGGACAUGCCGACCCCUCAACUCAAUCCCAAGGAGAAGGCCAAAGAGGACAGCAAACACACGGAUAUCGAUUUCCCGCUGCUGGGAUUCCAUCUGGUUCUACCGGCUGCCGUAAAGUGCCAUCAUUCGGCAAUAAGAGGUUUAUGGAUAAGUUAUGACCAUUUCAGCGACUAUUGCCCUAGCUACGACAUGCCCUAUAGGCAGGAUCAUCGAGCUGAUCUGCGUAUCAUUAGCCGAAUCGAGUGGAAGAAGCGGAAGGAGAUCCUGAAGGCGGUGUACGAGGAACCACGGGAAAAGCGACCGGAUGACUCCGAAGAUGACGAGCGGGCAACGCACGAUAUCGACGUGGAUAAAAUUUACACCGAACACGCGGACGAACUGAUGAAGAAGGAGCGCGCCAAAAAGGGCACCAAGGCGCUGAAUUUGUUCGACAACGACGUAAACAUGAGAAGCCAUCGCAUAAUUGCCGGUGUUUAUUGCAUCGAUUAUCUGGAACAACCGAUGCAGGAAGUUAAAAUUGCGAAAAAGUCGCUCCUUCGGACGGUUCCUCAACCGGGCCAGCUGACGAGGAAGAAAUUCUACCAGCCCUACCGUCCGCCUCCUACGCCCCAACCCGGGGUGCGCCGGCUGCCCGAAGAAAUCGAAGCCGAAAUCAAACAAAUGGAGGAGAACCUCGACAAACUGGCUUUGAUCACGUUACAAUUGCCGGAGAAUGUGUUCUGGUUCGAACCGCCAAUCGUGUGCCGGUGGGAGAGCAAGGAAGAGACUCUUGAAUCCGAGCCAAGUUUUGCCAAGUACUUGGAUAAACAUAAACAGAUGGUGCAGGCUGCCAGAGAGCGAAAAACCAAAUCGAUGCGCGACCGGAAGACAAAGUACAUCGAAGAUUUCAACAUCCUGGAUGUCCCGUCGCACGUGCAUCUUAGCUCCAUCGUCGCUGAUUUCGUAAUCCCCAAGCUGCCGGAAAACUACUCGGUGAAAAUUGUUUCCCAGGACGACAAGAAGAAGUCACACCUGUUGACGGGUGGCAAAAAGUCUCGGGAGAAAAAGAGGAAAAUCACCAAAACUCCCUCAGGGGCUGCACUAACGAACAUCAUCUUCGAGACGAAAAUCCCGUCCUAUCUCUUCCCACCAGGCUGUGGCAGUAAAAUUCUGAAAAUAUGGAAUAGACGAAACAAACUGAGCUACCCAUGCAUUCCGGAGGAGAGCGACGACCAAGACGAUUACGAUGACUCCGACAACGAUGUUGCCGCUUCAGCUGGGAACGGGAAAUCGAGAAAAAAGCAGUACAUGUUCUCUAAAUUUAUGAAAGAUUUAGACGAGUUAAUUGAUGCAAAAACACCAAAAUUUGAAUUUAAAAUUGAAGAAAUCGUUACGACUGUAACCAAAGCCGACCAGGGCAGACAGAGCGUGAUGAUUGUGCGGUCCGAGGAACGGGCCCGGGACCGUGACCGGAAGGCAAAGGUCCAGAAGAGCAAGUUCGACUCCGACGACGAGGAGGUGGACUACGGCGACAUCCAGGAGGUGGGAAACUACGUCAUGGUUGACCGAGAGAAGGAAUACGUCGGCAAGUGGAGCACCAGGGAUAUUCAUGAUGUGAAAUUCAAUGAGGAUAAAUUAACCAUUCAGUUCCGGAUUGGACGGCUGGGGGCGAUAGGAUUUGCCGCAAACCGGUACAGCAAUUUGCCAUAUCAGUCAUGGGAGCUGAAGCCGGACCUCAAGAACCCGGGCAGCGUGACAUUUUCCCUGACCGCAGCCGUCGUCAGCACUGAAAUCACCGUCACCGAGCAUGGGUUCCGUGUCAACUCGUUACAGGGCGGUCCAACGCAGGCCCUGCAGGAAAUCCUCGGCCAGGUGAUGCCAAUGCGUAAAAUGAUGAAACAUUUACGCCUGGCCGCGGUCGAUCUCUUUCCCGAAGACGAUGCGUUCAACUAUUCCGAGGGCUCGUGCGAGAAGAACCCCAUCAUGGAGUCGCAUCUUUACGACUGCAUAGGCCUGCUGGCGCUGACCCAUAAUUUUUCCUGGUCCAGAUGGAAUCUGCUGUCCGGCUGUCGGAUGUGCGUUCUGCUGAUGCGUGAAAUUAUCGAACAUCGCCGGAUUCCAAUCCACUCAACACUGCUGGUGACUCCACUGAAAGCCACAAUCGUCGACUCGGUAGAGGUUUCACCCACUUUCAACAGCAGCCCCAUCGAUGGCAUGGAGCAUUACGCAGAUCUGUACCAUCUGGGUCGGGAACACUCGCAACCGUCGUCGAAAGUGAAGCAGGAAAACAUGAGCCCCAUCCUGCGAGACAACGUCGUGCAGCUGUUGAAGGCAGUUCGCCCGCUAAGCUUCUCGUAAAUAAACGUCCGUGAGCCUUGAAAUAAAUACGUGCUCCCGUUGCCGUCUGCCACGAUCAAAAAUCAAAAGUGUUUUGAAUCCAAAGCGAAACAAAUCCAAUCAUUUAUUUAUUAAUAAAAUCUUCUCGGAAAGUUUGGUUAUCAUCACCUCGCAUUCGCUCUGAAUUCUGCUCCUCAUGCCGGUUGAUGGUGCCUUCGGAAGGUAAAGCUGGCUUAGUAGGUAUGAUGCUGUAAAUAUCCUUACGUCGUGAUUGUUAUGUUCGAUUCGCGUCGAAGGGAGCCAGCAAUCUCCGCCUCAGUCAGUCAGCAAGGCCAUGUGGCACACAAUUUAAAGCAGAUCAAAGCACCCCGUCAUCGGCAGGAACUAGCUUGAGCGAGCAGAGUAGGCCAUGAAAACAGAGAGCGAUAUGUUAGGGAAGGCUCUCAUCUGCUCCGCGCUCGAUCUAGUACUGCACGGAGAACGGCAGUUUUCCUCUCGGGGCUUCGGCGUGGAAAGCCUUUCUCCCACCGUUUUUCGUGGCUACUCUUGGGAAGAUGCUGCGAUGGCGUUUACGAAGCUGAUCAGCAGCACUAGGACAGUAGUAGUCUCCGGCGGCUCGACUCGGCUAGUAGCGAUUGAAAACUCACGGGUGUCCGCAAAUGCCACUUGGUGGUUCGGGAGUUUUUCUUUUUCUUUUUUUAGUACGCCAUAAAAAUUGAUCUCGGACGCUGCGGUAUUCACGGAUAGAAGAGAAAGUGUUUUUCAUUUGGAGAAGAAAAAAAUGCAGUGAAGUUUUCAAGCGAAUAAUUCGAUAACACAAUUAUAACCUAGUUCGGUAUGGUGAACCAUUGUACCUGUGUGCGCAUAAUGGAAGUAUGAAUAUAAUAUUCGAAGAAAAAAAUGAGAGUGCAUGAUAAGUCGAGUUAUUAUUAUUCAUAAAAAGCCAGGGUGAAUUUUAAUGAAAGUGCUUCAUGGAGAAUAAAGGAAUGUCGGAUGUGGAUUACGCUCGGAAUAACUUGAUGCGGAGAGAGCUGAAGUAAGCCCUGCCUGCUGGAGUAAACGUACAAACAAAUUAAGUGGACAUCUUUUCACAGAACCAGUUGCGGAUUGUUGUGAUGCAUUAACGAUGCCCAACCAAAAUGAGAAUUAAUCAUUGCUCGAGCCCAGCAGCAACCAUCGCCGUCGCCGACAACUGCUGCUCGUGAACAAUAAAAAAGAUUGAUAAUAAACAGCACGUCAGGCCACAUAUAAAAUGCUGCUAUG